CAUCACCGGUACCUCUCAAUACCACGAGUGAUCACACCGUCAUUUUGGGCUUCCCUCAUCCCCAAACCGCUCCGCCGAAACGCGCCCGUCGCAGCCCCGAGCGCCGCACCGAAAGGCCGACAACCCAAUCCCGCUGCACCAUUCAUAGUCCUCAGCCUGCUGGUCGGAUCGCAGGCCAUUCAGAUCCUAUGGUUAAAGAGGGAAAGGAAUCAUUACAUGCGGAGAGCCGAGGCCAAGAUGGAUGUCCUGAGGGAGGUGAUUGAGAAGGUGCAAAACGGGGAGGAUGUGGACGUGGAGAAGGAACUCGGGACGGGGAAUGCGCAAGCGGAACAGGAGUGGAAAGAAGUGCUCAAGGAUAUAGAGAAUGAGGAGGUUCUGUUUCGAAGUAAGAAGAGGAGGAGAGCGUUGAGGGCGGCAGAGGCGGAGAAAGAAAAGCAGGACCCGGAACUCGCGGCGCAGGGGAAAGGGACGACGGAAGCGCCAACACUUGAAGAGGAUGGACCAGUGAAGGUGGAGACAUAUAACGGUGCAAGGUUUUACUGA